CAUCCCGGGCCCGGGCUGACCAGACGCGGAGCCACUUAGUGUUUCCUCCUCCCCCUGCCGGGGUCUGUCCUCCCUCCGCCGUCUCCUCUUUCUCCGCCUGCGUCCCCGCGGGCAGAGUGUGGGAAGAACGAAUUUCCGCCCCGUUUGCUCUCCACUCGCAGACUUGGGUCCCUUCCGGACGCAGCCCGCGUGCUCCCCGAGCUAUUGCACUGGAGCCGCCCUCCCCGUCCGGGACCGCGAGCGAGAAGGUGCCGUCUGCGGGGGCCGAGCAGCCGGGGCUCUGCUGCCAAGACGCGCCCCGAGAAGCUCUUGGAACGGCUCCCGCCUGCAGCUGGGGAAUCCACUCGGCUGGGAGAAUCCGCGCCAGGGAAUCCAGCUCUCCGGACUCAGCUGCAAACAAAAAGCGCCGGGUCUUGCUCCCUCCCCCCGCCCGCCGACGCGCACCCGGAGAGACAGUUUUAUACAGAAAUGCAACAAGUAGUACCCGGGGUCUGCAGAGCGCCCCGCGCCGCCUGACUUGGCCGGGCGAAGCCCGCCUGCAGAGACCCGGGCCGGCCUCCGGACAAAGGACGGAGGAGGGGCUGGACGGCGCUGCGAAGUCCGAAAGAGGACAUUUAGCGACUCUGGCCAGGCUAAGGGGAAUGCAGAGGAGACACAGAGCCGGCGGGCCAAGAGGACGAUCCGGCCGCUGCACGCAGGGCGGGAGGCGAUGGAGGCUGCCCGUGCCUUGCGCCUCCUGCUCGUGGUGUGCGGCUGCCUCGCGCUCCCGCCGCUGGCCGAGCCCGUGUGCCCGGAGCGCUGCGAUUGCCAGCAUCCCCAGCAUCUCCUGUGCACCAACAGGGGGCUCCGCGUAGUGCCCAAGACCAGCUCGCUGCCGAGCCCCCACGACGUGCUCACCUACAGCCUUGGCGGCAACUUCAUAACCAACAUCACGGCCUUCGACUUCCACCGUCUGGGGCAGCUCAGACGGCUGGACCUGCAGUACAACCAGAUCCGCUCUCUGCACCCCAAGACCUUCGAGAAGCUCUCGCGGCUGGAAGAGCUGUACCUGGGGAACAACCUCUUGCAGGCGCUCGCCCCGGGCACGCUGGCCCCGCUGCGCAAGCUGCGCAUCCUCUACGCCAACGGGAACGAGAUCAGCCGCCUAAGCCGCGGCUCCUUCGAGGGCUUGGAGAGUCUAGUCAAGCUGCGGCUGGACGGGAACGCCCUGGGGGCGCUGCCGGACGCGGUCUUCGCCCCCUUAAGCAACCUGCUCUACCUACAUCUGGAGUCCAACCGGAUCCGCUUUCUGGGCAAAAACGCCUUCGCCCAGCUAGGCAAGCUGCGCUUCCUCAACCUCUCUGCCAACGAGCUACAGCCCUCCCUGCGCCACGCGGCCACCUUCGCACCGCUGCGCUCCCUCUCCUCCCUCAUCCUCUCGGCCAACAGCCUGCAGCACCUCGGGCCGCGCAUCUUCCAGCACCUGCCACGUCUCGGCCUGCUCUCGCUCAGGGGCAACCAGCUCACGCACCUCGCGUCUGAGGCCUUUUGGGGCUUGGAGGCCCUGCGCGAGCUGCGCCUGGAGGGUAAUCGGCUGAGCCAGCUGCCAACUGCGCUGCUGGAGCCUCUGCACAGCCUGGAGGCGCUGGACCUGAGCGGCAAUGAGCUGUCCGCCCUGCACCCGGCCACCUUCGGCCACCUGGGCCGGCUGCGCGAGCUCAGCCUGCGCAACAACGCGCUCAGCGCCCUAUCCGGGGACAUCUUCGCCGCCAGCCCAGCCCUUUAUCGGCUGGAUCUAGACGGCAACGGCUGGACCUGCGACUGCCGGCUGCGAGGCCUGAAGCGCUGGAUGGGCGACUGGCACUCGCAGGGCCGGCUCCUCACUGUCUUCGUGCAGUGUCGCCACCCCCCGGCCCUGCGAGGCAAAUACCUGGAUUACCUGGAUGACCAGCAGCUGCAAAAUGGAUCCUGCGCGGAUCCCUCGCCCUCAGCUUCCCUGACCGCUGACCGCAGGCGGCAGCCCCUACCCACGGCCGCAGGGGAGGAGAUGACGCCACUUGCAGGUCUCGCGGAGGAGCUGCCGCCGCAGCCGCAGCUCCAGCAGCAGGGGCGAUUUCUAGCUGGGGUGGCCUGGGAUGGGGCCGCCAGGGAGCUGGUAGGCAACCGCAGCGCCCUAAGGCUGAGUCGGCGGGGCCCGGGCCUCCAGCAGCCCAGCCCCUCCGUCGCUGCCGCCGCGGGCCCGGCUCCACAGUCCCUAGACCUGCACGAGAAGCCCCAGCGGGGCCGUCCGACUCGGGCAGAUCCCGCCCUCGCGGAGCCCACCCCAACGGACUCUCCUGGCUCUGCGCCAUCGCCCGCCGGCGACCCCUGGCAGCGAGCGACGAAGCAUCGUCUGGGCACGGAGCACCAGGAGCGUGCCGCCCAGUCCGACGGUGGGGCCGGGCUGCCGCCGCUGGUGUCCGACCCAUGCGACUUCAACAAGUUCAUUCUGUGCAACCUGACGGUGGAGGCGGUGGGCGCAGACAGCGCCUCGGUGCGCUGGGCCGUGCGCGAGCACCGCAGUCCCCGGCCGCUGGGCGGCGCGCGCUUCCGCCUGCUCUUUGACCGCUUUGGCCAGCAGCCCAAGUUCCACCGCUUCGUCUACCUGCCUGAGAGCAGCGACUCGGCCACGCUGCGCGAGCUGCGCGGGGACACCCCCUACCUGGUGUGCGUGGAGGGCGUGCUUGGGGGCCGUGUCUGCCCUGUGGCUCCCCGGGACCACUGCGCGGGGCUGGUCACCCUACCGGAGGCCGGGAGCCGGGGCGGCGUCGACUACCAGCUGCUGACCUUGGCCCUGCUGACGGUCAACGCGCUGCUGGUGCUCCUGGCCUUGGCGGCCUGGGCGUCUCGCUGGCUGCGGAGGAAACUGCGGGCUAGGCGGAAGGGCGGGGCCCCGGUCCACGUUCGGCACAUGUACUCCACCCGACGGCCCCUGCGCUCCAUGGGCACCGGCGUGUCCGCCGACUUCUCGGGAUUCCAGUCGCACCGGCCACGCACCACCGUGUGCGCGCUCAGUGAGGCGGACCUCAUCGAAUUCCCCUGCGACCGCUUCAUGGACAGUGCGGGCGGCGGCGCGGGCGGCAGCCUGAGACGGGAGGACCAUCUCCUGCAGCGAUUUGCCGACUAGGUCCAGUGCAUGUAGAGACCAUCUCAUUGGCCCUAAGGAGCCGCCUCUCCGUGAGGCCCACCGGCCCACCUCAGGGGAAGUGCCGUUUUGUGCACUUGCCAGAGAGGCCAGUGGGGACAGAGGGCCAAUUCGGGCACCAUCCCCCAAUUCCCAAUACUCGAGAAGUAAAUGGAUAGUACUUGGUGGUCAGAGCCAGAGUAGGGGACAAAUGGAUGGUGGGAUGCUGAGGUCGGAGGCUUCGCUUGGAGGCUUUGACACAGCUAUGCAAAUGGCUUUUGUAGCACUGCAAUGCAGAAGCCAGGCUUUGGGGGUAGAAAGGGGGUGCUUGUGCCCCCAACAUGGCCAGAAAUAUUUGGGUGCAUGCUUUUUGUUUGCUCAGUGUCAAACAGAGAAGUUUUAUUUCUAUUUAAGGCAGGAACUUAUUACCAUUACAAAGGAGGCUUGGCCAGGGACUCCACUGGUUUGGUGAUCUCUGCCAAGAAGGGGGAUGUAAACAGUUGGUAAAGUUUAACACACCCGCCAAGGAACUCGUUUAUGUUGGCUGAUAGAGCAUUCAGGAUACCUUAAAGUUUAAUAAGAGACGCAUUUUUUUUUUUUCAAAAAUGUGAAAAGCUCUGACAUUUAACGAACUGACCAAUAGACUCAAGGACUGUUUUAGUUGGACUGGGCCAUUUUAUUAUGUUCCUUUUAAUAUUAACAGUACAAGAGCGCUUGCUGACUUCGAGGAUAACUAAGAUUACAUACUUUCUCAGGAGAAGGCUGCAUGCAAGACUUCUCUGUCAGGGUUGCUCCUGUGGCUUUUUUAAUUUUAUUUUUUUAAACCUAUAUAUGGAAAAGGAAAUUUCAAUGCCAGAUUUGAUAAAAGAAUGUGAUGUAUAUGUAGCUGAUGACCCACUGGGGAACACCAGCGUUCCAGUUCACUUACCACAUCUGUGACAGUGUGUUUAGACUGGAAUAAAUGUGAUGCGGUACUUCUUAUGUUUUUAUCAGUGACAUGGUUGACUGUGCCCUAAUUCUCUUGAGUUGCAGUUAAGCAAUGAAGGUAAUUUCCUAAUAGGGAAGCAAAAGGUGAUUGUCAAUUGAUAGUUUAAUGUUUGACCACAUUAGUGUCUUUAUAUGAAAUAGUAGAGGGGAAGAAAUUAUAGAAAACAAAUGUGAAAAAAAAUACACCAGUGGGUAUCUGUUCUACUAAAACCAGAAGAUUGUUAUGAGUACUUAAACCUCACUGUGAAAUAAUGAUAUAUUUUGCAAUUAAUCCCUCCCCAACUGAGUGUCUUACUGUGUUAUUAAAUCUUAUCUUUUAGUUAAUAGUUGCAGUAUUUCUUUUAAAUGUUUUUGUUUUAAACUUAGGGGUAGGAUCCUUUAUUUGUUCAGUUGUUUCCAACUAUUUGGGAUACUUUCAUUCCCUGCUAUUUAUGAAGUACAUGUUUAUCACUAAGUGUAGUGGUUUGGUUUACAUUAAUAAUUUUAUGUGUGGUCUAAAAAUGCAGUCACUAAGAGAAUGUACACUGUGGUUAUGGUCACAGUGGUUAUGGAUUUAUUGGCAGUGGAGUACCAUGGAGGUCACUGCAAUGGUGCUAAGGCUGACAGUGGAAUCUUCUGUUUAGGGCCUUAAGCCCCUGAGGGUCCUGGUGACUCAGGGAAUCCAUUACAGCCCCAGGUCUUUCACCCCAGUUCACUCCUUUUAUGUUUGGCCUAGAUUGACCCAUGCCUGCCCUCUUCUCAACAGCUGAGUAGGGAACCAGCCAUCUGAAUGAGCUGAUCGUUGUUUAUGUUCAAAUGAGUAAAUGUCCAGACCACUUAAAACUACAGCUGCUUUUCUGGCAGUCUCGUCUGCGGGGCCAAAACUUAAUAAACCACAGGAAAUAGACUGUCAUUCUUAGUUUGCUGCCAGGGCUUAUUUUAGAUUCAGAGCAUACUGGUACAUGAGAGCGGUAGUGUUGUUUGCUCUUAUUUUCAACCAGUGAGCUAUCUGGCACCUUUGGUGCUCCUGGCUUUUUUCAAUCAUAGCACUAUUGCAUCUCUUAGCUAUUUCUUUUGCCCAGCAGGGUAAUAUUGAGUCCCAUUGCAAGUAUGGACAAGGCCUCUGGUUCUCCUCACCACCCACCUUUUCAGCCAUAGAACAUCACUGAAAAUGCCUAAUGCCUGGAUCUGUGUUCUACUUUAGUUUCACUGGGAAGUCUUUCAGUGGGAGAUGAAUAAAUGUUAUACAUUGUUAUGUUCAGUUAUGUCAAUAAACCCACUAAUAGAGAUAA